CGCGUCGUUUUCGUCAACAUUAGCAACACGAGGUUGAUGAGCAGUUUGUUAAAGCAAACUUCUUGGAAAAUUAAAAUACCUGAAUGAAUCAUGGUGAAAAAGGUUUUUAAAAAGAAGAUUUCUUUCAAAGGAGAAGAGAAUCCUUUUAACUUAAAAUUAAACAGAGAAAAACACACUGUCCUAGGCCAAAAUACGAAAGGUACAAAAGGUUUGCGAUGCAUAUCACGUGCCAACAUUCACUUGAAAAGGAAAGAAUUAUAUAAUAAAAAUAAAAGAGCUUCUCAAAAAGCAAAUAACUUUGUGGAUCGUAGGUUGCUGCAUGAAAAUGAAGAAGACAGUGUCACAGCCAGGUUUGUACAGGAACGAAAGAAAAAAUUAAAGAAAAAUAAGUAUAAUUUAAAUGAUGAAGAGUUGACACAUGGUGGAGUGCCACUGCAUACACUUAAAAGUUUAAAAGAUGAGCCUAUAGGUUCAGAUGACGAUGAACAGCUAGAUGCUGCUUUUGUUAAUAAAGCUCAUUUUGGUGGGGCUAAUCAGGAGCCUCUCAGUCAUAAAGAAAUUAUUGAUAAACUUAUUCUAGAGAGUAAGCAAAAGAAGCUUGAGAAAAAAGUUGAAAAUGAAUUAACAUUAGAUUUGACUGAAAAGCUAGACCAAGAUUGGAAAGCCUCCAUAAAGGCAACAAGUAGAGUUCCUGAAGCUCUGGAACCAUUGCAAGUUGCAAAAAAGAAAGAAUCAGUUUUAGAACUACUGCAAACAACAGAUAAAUCAAAAAUGCCUUUAUCAGUUAAGCUAAAGAAUGAUCCACCUAAAGAAGAUCCUUAUAACAUUUUAGAAAUUGAUUUGAAAUAUUCGAAAAAAAGUACACCAAUAACACGUGGAAAAACUGCAGAAGAACUGGAAAAAGAAGAGCAAGAAGAAAAACUUAAAUUGGAACAAGAGAGGUGUCAACGUAUGAAUGAUGAUAGAGAAGAAAAAAUAAAUGCUAAAAAUCACUUAUCUGCAGAUAGCAUAAUUGAUGACUUUGAUUUGGAACCAUUGACAAUUGAAGACAAUGUGAAUGAAAAAUCUUCAUCUGAAAAAGAUUCUGAUUAUUCAGAUAGUGAAGAUGAUGUUGAUAAUGAUGAAUUUGGUCAGUUAUCUGAACAUGAUAAUGAUGAGGUUGUAAAUGAUGCUGAAUCAGAAAUUAGUGAAAAUGAUUUGAUGAAUGGUAAUAGUAAUGAAUCAUUUGGCAUCCCAACAAAUAUAGAUGAAUUUGAACAGUAUCUUGAAAAUCAUAAUCAUAUUUCUGCUGAAGGCAUAUUAGCAGCUGUUGGACAUAUUAUAAACCCUUCUCUUAAGGCAAAAUCGGAAAAGAAACUAAAUAAAUUAACCAAAUUCUUUGGUACUCUAAUAGAAUAUUCCAUAAAAUGUUUAAAAUAUAAUCCUGCUGUGUCUGAAAAUCUUGUCCCAUAUUUAUUUGAUAUUGCCAAAAUUGCACCUAUAAAGACUGCAGAGAAGAUUCUCUGUCUCUUGGACGAAGAACAAGAUUUGUUUCAAAAAAGAAAAGUUAAGAAAAAUAAUUUUAUCCGACUCCAAAGUUUACUUUUACUAAAAUAUUGCAGUACUUUAUACUCAGUUUCAGAUUUUACGCAUCCUAUAGUAACACCAGCCAUCUUAUUUAUGUGUGAUAUCUUAUCCAGUGAAUUUUUUAUUACUUUUCCAAAUAUUGAAUCUCGGCUUUAUAUUUGUAGUAUAAUUCUAGAUUGUGUAACUCAGUCUAAGCGAUUAGUUCCAGAAGCACUUUCUUUCUUAAAUAAAAUAUUAAAGUUAGCAUGUCCAUUUAAAACUGAAUUUAUCGCAAAAAAUCAAAUGAUCAAUCUUGUAAUAACUGAAAAGCAAACAUCCAAUUUAAUUACUGACAUAAAUAUGUUUUUACCUGAUGAAACUGAAGUGACUGAAGAUUUAAGAAAACUUCGUAUAAUUUUAAAAUCUGUCAAGCUAUUAACCAAGUUUUCUGCUUUGUAUGUUCAUUUACCAUCAUUCAACAAUCUUUUUUCAGAAACUUUGUCAUUUUGUUCUGAACUUCCCACUGAAUACUAUCCACCAUCCCUCGCAGAUGCUGUCUUUAUGUUGCUUCAUGAAAUAAAGAAACAAGAUAGUAGAAAACUGCUUCCUCUUACUUAUGAGAACACUAAACCAAAGCCAUUAAAACUUUUUGAGCCAGCGUAUGAAUCAAAAUUCACUAAAAAGGACGAUAUUAAAAAGAAAUUAAAACUUCUGAAAAAUGUUUCCCAAAAAAUCAAGAAGGAGGAGAAAGAUAUGCUUAGAGAAAUGCGUAGAGAUUUGCAAGUGGUUGCAGCUGAAAAACUAAAGGAACAAUUGGAAUCAGAUGCCGAAAGAAAACGUAAAGUGAAAGAACUAUAUCAUGAUCUUGCAGUGCAAGAAAGUGAAUACAAAAAAUUAAUGAAAAGUAAACCGUGAUGCAUUUGUUUCUAAUUAUAAUGUAAUGGUGUAAUAUAAUUUUGAAAAUUUAUAAACUCUAACUCUUAUUCAAAAUACAGAUAAAAUUACAAUAUUUGUAGUAAUUUGUAAAUAAACACUUGAAGAUUU